ACAGCGAACCACUGGAGGCAGUCUAACACUGGUCCUUGAAACAGUUCUACUGAUGUGACGGUCGUGGAGGGGAGGGCAGUAGCAAAGUCUGCACAGAUACAAAAACUGAAAGUGUGUUCAGUACAAGAGGCAGAUCCGCUGGAUGUGGGUAUUGUCACCGAUGAGCCAGAGGAUCUCAGCUGCAGAAUUCAAGCCGAGAGAAAAAGCGCAUCCUCACAGCCUCUGGGCUACCUAUCUUCUGCCUGGCUGGCGUCAAGGUGCGGAGACGAGGGAGGGAGCGCCCACUCGGCUAAAACUAUCUGACAAAAUUACACCCCGGUGACUCCGCACCUACCUUGGUAGAGACGUAGAGGUUGGGAUGGCGAAGGAAACGAGAGGGAAAGCCGCUUCCCGCAAGCACAGUGCCUCCCACUGGCGGAUGCAAGACAUUGCACAGGAGUCUGUUGACAGCUCAGAUGAGGAGUUCUUCGAUGCCAGAGCAGAUGUGCUGGAGGGGAAGAGUGCCAUCCUCCUGGGGAUGAGUCAGUGGAACUCCAACGACCUGGUGGAGCAGAUCGAGACCCUGGGACACAUGGACCAAUCACAAGAGAGCCUGUAUCGCCUGGGGCGUCCUCGCUGUGUCCCUCAGAGCAGCAUUGACGGGUUAGAGGACAUGGAGAAGACCCAGUGUAAGACCCACGUGUUGCUGCUGGUGAUGCAUGGUGGGAACAUCCUGGAUACGGCAGGGGGAGACCCUGGCACCAAGGCUGGCGAUGCUACCACGCUGUCCUCCGUGCUGGAGAAGGUGGCUCGGGCACACUUCCAGGCCGCUGCAGAACAUGUGAUGAUCAAGCUAGUGGCCUGCCCAGCUGUGUGUGCCGAGGCCUUCUCCCUCGUCUCCAAUCUGAACCCGUACAGCUAUGACGAGAGCUGUGUGUCCAGCAGCGUUGACCACCUGCCCCUGGCUGCCCUCCCGCUCCUUGCCAUCGCAGCACCAAACUACCAGGAUGCCGUGGCAACUCUCAUCACCCGCACCAACCAGGUCUACCACAGCUUCCUCGAGUCCCAGGACGGACAGGGCUUCACUGGCCAGGUGUGUGUGAUGGGCGACUGUGUGGGAGGUGUGCUGUGCUUCGACGCCCUGUGUUUCAGCAGCAGCAGUAGUAGUAGCCAGAGGCAGCAUAGCAGCCCCAGCCACAGCAGCAGCAGGAACAACAGCACUGAGAGCCUCAAGGAUAACCCUGAGGACAGCCCCUGUCACAGCCCCAGCCUGGGCCUCAGCUCCAGUAAGAGGCUGAGUAAGAGCAACAUUGAUAUCUCGGCAAUGCCCAGCGAUGGACACAGCCAGGCCAGACAGCCCCUCAGCAGGAAACAGAGCGACUCGUAUGAUGGAGACACAUCUACAGGACAACACAGCUUCUUUAGCAGUCUGAUGCAGGAGGGGGUGGAUCUGCGUCCCGGCAGUAGCAGUAGUCUGAUUUUGAACCCAGGGAGGUUUGACUUUGAGGUCUCUGAAUGUUUCCUGCUGGGCUGUCCACUGGGCCUGGUGCUGGCCAUGAGACGUACAGUACUGCCUGCUGUCCAGGUAAGCCAACUCCGUCCUGCCUGCACCCAGAUCUUCAACCUGUUCUACCCCUCGGAUCCCUCUGCCUCCAGACUGGAGCCCCUGCUGGAGCCCCUCUUCCACAAGCUGCCCCCCUUCCCCAUGCCACGCUACCAGCGCUACCCCCUGGGAGACGGACGCUGCACACUAAUAGCUGAUGGUAUCCAGAGCCACCCAGAGGUGUUCCAGGAGGCAGAGCCCAGUCCUGGUGCCCCGACCGUGCCCCCUUCCCCUGAAACAGACAGUGUGAGGGGAGGAGGAGGGCGCAGGGCCAGUGUGUCCAGCAUGGACAGUGAGACGUCCUUCUGCUCUGUUGGCCGGAUGAGUAGUAUCAUCACCAACAUUUCCAGUAGCUGGUGGGGCUCUAAGAGGUUGGACUAUUCUUUGUAUUGUCCAGAUGUGCUGACCUCCUUCCCCACUGUGGCACUGCCUCAUCUCUUCCAUGCCUCCUACUGGGAGUCCACUGAUGUAGCUGCGUUUGUGCUCCGACAGCUCAUGCGAUGUGACAGUGUGAAGACCCAGGAAGCUGACAGCAAAGACUCAGCCCCCUUCUCUCCAUCCAGCCCACGGGAGAAGUGGCUUCGCAGGAGGACUCCUGUCAAACUGAGGAAUGUGACUGGCAACCACAGGGUGAAUGAUGUCAUCACCACAGAGGAGGGACCACAGACUCUGGUUGGUCGGUUCAUGUACGGCCCCUUGGACAUGGUGACUCUGACUGGAGAGAAGGUGGACAUUCUCCUGAUGACACAGCCCCAGUCCGGCCGCUGGGUCCACUUUGACACAGAGGUGACCACCAGUAGUGGCAGAGUGGUCUACACAAUUCCCAAGAGCAAGAAGCUGGCCACCGGGGUCUACCCUAUCAAAAUGGUGGUCAAGGGAGAUCAGACGAGUGCGGAGGCCUACCUGACGGUGCUGCCCAGGGGGAUGGAGUGUGUGGUCUUCAGCAUCGAUGGCUCCUUCGCUGCUAGCGUCUCCAUCAUGGGCAGCGACCCUAAAGUCCGCCCCGGAGCUGUGGACGUCGUCAGACACUGGCAGGACCUGGGCUAUCUUAUCAUCUACAUCACAGGGAGGCCAGACAUGCAGAAGCAGCGUGUGGUGUCAUGGCUGUCCCAACACAACUUCCCCCAGGGCAUGAUCUUCUUCUCUGAGGGCCUGGUCCACGACCCACUGAGACAGAAAACCAUCUUCCUCAAGAACCUAGUACAGGAGUGUCACAUUAAGAUCAACUCAGCCUAUGGCUCCAUGAAGGAUAUCUCCGUGUACAACAUGCUGGGUCUGAGUCCUUCCCAGAUUUAUAUUGUGGGCAGGCCUUCCAAAAAGUACCAGAAUCAAUGUCAGUUCCUAAGUGAUGGCUAUGCAGUGCACCUCUCCUCAUUGCAGUUUGGCCACCGGGCCAGACCCAAGAAGCUUUCCUCGGUCCGCAUGGUCCUGAAGAAAGGCUCCUUUGGCCUCUCUGCCAAACCUGACUUCCUGUGUAAACGCACCCACCUGAGGAGAACCAUGUCUGUCCAACACCCAGAUCCUCCCUGCACCCCCAACCCCAAGCCUGAGCGGGCCCAGAGCCAACCAGAGUCUGACCAGGACCCCGGGGGAGGAGGAGGGGGCGGCGGCCAUGGUGUCUGGGGGCGGGCCUCCAUGCACCGUGGAGAAACGACACCCUGACAGACAGAGAGAGAUGGAGGGAUGAUGGAAGAGGAGGAGGACAGGGGUCUCAGUGUCCAGGGUCAAGUGUCGUCACCUAUAUUGGAUCUUCUGCUGGUAUCAGUUGUGUUAACCUCCUGCUUGGCUGCUUGGCCCUCUACACUUCAGCUGCCCUUCUCCACUCCCAGGACUCAGUAGAUGAUGUUCCUCAAGCUUUCUCCUCAUGCUUGAAACAGCCAUAGAUUCAUCCUAAUGCUGUCUCUCAAGCUCAAAUUAUGUCCAAUGUGGCAAAAGUUUUUUCAGUGGCAGUGCUAAUGAAUCAAUGUGUUAUCGUUUGUCAAGCUGAGAGAGAGAGACACUUUGGUCAUUUGUAAAAACAGAAACAUUUGCUGCAGAACGUUAGAUCAACACACAGAUGCAACCAGAGUCAUAUGCCAGAAGACUCCCUCUCAUCCCCCACUGGGAAUAGUAACAGAGAAGAUCCUGUUGAAACCUAUGGAGGAAUGUUCUAGCCCAAGCAAUACACCACCAGGAGAUGUUCCAGACAGUGUGUUCAUUGACCUGCUGUGUUGACAGGUGGCAGAGCUACACCAACUGACAAUUAUUCUCUAUGUAAAUAGGACAGACAUCUUGUCCCUCUUUAUGGUCUGUGUCCCCAGGAUUGCUGUGGGGCCUCUGGCUGCUUCACGCUGGGGACAUUAACCUUAUGUUCCUCAGCCCGGCUGACCUGACCUUACCCCACUCCAGCCUCAGCCCUAUAGCCAUCCAUCUCUCCCUCUCUCAUUCAGUCAGUCAUUGAGGCAGAACAUGGCUUCAGACAGCAGCCUGGUAGGGGGUCCAUGGCCACUGGUUGCUCUGACUUGCACUAUACAAGUACUACAGUAUACCGUGGUGCUUGGUGGGCUGUAGUUCUGUGGAAUGCCUGUGGAAUGCUGUUACUCCUGCUGGCUCAGAUACGAUAGCUGGAUUUUCUUGCUGUUGUGAUCUUAUAUCGGUCAGCAGAUGUUGAACUACAUGUUUUACUCCUUCCCUGUCGAGGUUCUGGGCUCGUAUGAUAUGCUUUGUAAAGCUGUUUGAGGGAAGGCUUGUACUGAAUUGACUGGAAUUGUUUACAGGUUGGUGAUGGUCAAAGGUCUACGACAUGUAUCUGACAGUUGGAAGAGAAUACGUCCUGUUAACAUUAUAUCUUGCAAUAGAUCCUAACUUUCUUGUCAGGUGAAAUAACAUCAUUCAGAAUGCGAUAGUUACAUUGUACUAUGGUGGGUUAGGAAAAGAGCUCACCUCUGCAAAACACAUAUUUUUCUACGAUGAAAAACUGUGUGCAGAAAUAUUUUAAAAGUGUGUUUUUUAAACUUUGUUGUUUAAUGUGACUGAUAGUUACUUUUGCCUUAAUAUCUAUUUUGUUGUUGUGUAGAAUAAUGAAAAUGAUAUUACUAACCUAAUUGCUUGACCAAAGUAUGAGUUUGACAUUCAUGAGAAAGUACAUUGUAUCUACUUGAUAUUUUGUCUUGUAUACAUUUUAAGUAUAUGCUGGAAUGGUGUCAUGCUUCAUGUAUGCACUGUGUGUGUGUGUGUGUGUGUGUGUGUGUGUGUGUGUGUGUGUGUGUGUGUGUGUGUGUGUGUGUGUGUGUGUGUGUGUGUGUGUGUGUGUGUCUGUGUGUGUGUCUGUGUGUGUGUGUGUGUGUGUGUGUGUGUGUGUGUGUGUGUGUGUGUGUGUGUGUGUGUGUGUGUGUGUGUGUGUGUGUGUGUGUGUGUGUGUGUGUAUGCGUAUGCGUAUGCGUGUGCCUGCUUAUGUGUACAUUUCUGUAUAUUUAAGUAUUAUGUUUCUGUAUAAUCAAGUAUUUAUGGUGUAAAUACCAGGAGCUCCAAUAUGCUUCUGAACUUGAAAGGGAAGACCAUGUAUUCUGGAAGGAGAAGUCGAAGGUUGUUCAGUGUUGCCUGUUAAAAGCAGGAGUAUGGUUCAGAUUUAAGACGAGUGCUUCACCAAGGAUUACACUGGCAAGGUUUUUAUAACUGUCAAGAAAGAGCAAGAGCUUUAGCAUUGCCUCAGGGUUUAGUUUCAAACCCAUUGACUGGAGAAUAAUCUCUGUUGGUUGAAAUCAGAAGCUUCGAGAGAGAGAGAGAGAGAGAGAGAGAGACAGAGAGAGACAGAGAGAGACAGAGAGAUGUUUGCUUUCCUCUUUUGUUUAACCACAUUGAGUAACACAGCUUUGGGACAGUAUCUAAGCGUACUAAACUAAUGACAGAACAGUAGCUAUAUUUAAAACAUGAAUGUAAAAGAGUCCCAGUAACUCCAUCCCUAUAAUAAUGUCAAUAACAUACCAGCAACAAUGUCCUGGUCUGGGUGAAUACUGUUGAUAGGAUGAUGUACAGUUUGACUUGUGAUUUGUAUCUUGAUCAUGACAAUGUCAUCUGAUCAUUCCCAUCAAUAUAAUGUGUUGUACACGGUAUGAUAAUGUAUUUUCGACGACACUACCAUAGGCGUUGUACACUAAGACAUUUACAGUGAUUCUGAUUUCAGCUGGCCUGUUUCCUAUAAAAUGUGGUGUGAAAGGAAAAAAUCAAUUGCCAUGAAAUAUUUUCCAUAAUUUCUGUAAAUUAAGUUAUAUUUGUUUAUUGAUUGUCAUGCUAUUCUAUCUUGAGGUAAACUAUAUGGUCAGAGUUGCACUGCUGCAGAAAACCAAUAGAACAUUUUGUUCAGAUUUAAUGUAGUGGAAACAUGUGUUUAUGUGAUAUGGUUUCCUGUAAUUGUGUUCUUGGACUUCAACCAUCUCUCACUAUCUUGUCAGUAAUAAAAAGAGAAAGAGCACAGACAGAGGCUCAAUGUGGUC